AUGGCUUCUUCUUCAGAAGAGGAUGCUCGCUACCCAUUUGUCCAUCUGGGUGACCUUGAUGAUACCCCGCAAACCUGGGAGCAAGUUAGAAGGCGCGAAGCAGGGCUGAAAAAGAACUUCAGUAUCAAUGAGCUUCGCGCACUUCUUGAAUACCAUGCCUAUGGUUUUCAGUUCACGAGACCUCCUGCUCGAAAGCAGAACUACAUUGAUCUCCUGCACAAGACGCUAUACUACACUCAAACAGGUUUAGCGAAUGAGGCAGCCUUCACAGAACGAGGCAUUAUCUGUGCUGGACCCGUGGGCCCAGGAACGAUCUCAAAAGAUGUCCGAGAUGCCAAGGGCCUUCCAAGCUGGUACUUGAAUGAGGAAGCUGCGCUGGGUAAGAUUCAGCCACAUCUGUCGCUACGUUCAGUACCUGGUGACAGCCAAAGCAAGCCUGGUGCAAAAGCUGUAUGCUAUGAAAUUGCUCCGGAAAGACCAUUGUACUCGGACGCGAGUCAGAUCGCUAAUGAGAAUCUAGCUCAUCCACAAAAAUCUAUGUCCGUGGACACUGUACCCUCAAAAGAUCCCCCGGCCACUCGCAAACCAUCAGAUGCCUCGGAAGUUCAUAAUUCCACAGAGAGCCGGCAGACUAUCAUGAUAUCUGAUGAUACUGACGAUAUCCCUGUCCAUUCUAGGGCUGCUAAUAUAACAACCGAAAAGCGUUACGCUGAUAAGCGUAUUUCGCGCAUGACUACAGAGCACGUCCAGAAAGCCCUCACUGCUGUCGCUUAUUCUGGGCUUCAAACUGUUCCUCGUGCGUUUUUGCAUCCUACGCCUUUCCUUCUCGCUACCAAAGACAGAGAUCUUCUGGAAUCCUUGACGCAAAAGAGCGUUGCUACUUUACAUGUUAAUGUAAGGUUCGUUGGCAAUGAGAAGUACAGCAUCGUCGAGGAUGGUGAUAGCCUUAAGUAUUGUGGCCGGGGUCCUAUAUGGAAGGAUAAUUCGUGCUUCUGGGAUUCAAUCAUAGUCUCGUGUCGCAUGCUCAAUGCAGGUUCGACCUAUCUUGAUCGAGGAGUCUUGCCAGGCGCUUGGGAGGAUGAGCUCACAACAAUCCAACGGGCAUUUCUGGACGUGCUCCGAAUGGAUUGGGACUUCUUUGAUGAGAGAACCAGCUUUGCACAACGAGACAUGUUCUUGGAACUCUUCCACCGCGAAUCGAGCGAUGAAGGAAUCAAGCCCAAACCUAAACCCAAAGGCGAAAUGGACUCGCCUGCAGCUCGCUGGAACGAUAUUGCUGGGCCAUUCAACCAGUUCUCCUUCCGAGCCCACAUACGAAGCCAGCCGUGCAGCUGUCAAAAUCGAGGUCCAAGCUGCACGUCGACAAAGGAUAUGCGCUACAUCACUCCCCCGUAUCGAGAACCUGACAGAAAGGGCGUCACCAUUAGCAAUCUUCUCCAGCGCUGGUCGCAUUUCAUCCGGCCACAUUGUUCACGAGGAGGUAGGAAGACGACAAAUGUCAUCCACGGCAAUCUGCCUCUUCGACUGGUGGUGCAAAUCACAGCCGGUACCAGGCUCUUGGAUCACACCUCUCAAGAUAUAUCGUUUUCCUACACCAGGAUGGAUCCAGCCUCGGGCAAAGAGUCCCCUGAACAUGUAUGUUACAGGUGGCUAGGAGGUAUCUACUGCUCCGGAGCCCAUUUUCGUGUCUACUGGAAUGACUCUGCUUGGGGUGCUAAGAUUGUAGAGAGCCUUCAAGUAUACGACGGAAGACAAGCAGCCGGCGCCAUCAUUGGUAAUGUACCUCCAGCCAGUGAGUUAGAGCCAAUUCCCGGUUACUGGAUGAAGUAUUGCCCACCACUUCUGUUCUACGAACAAGUCGUCAAUCCUGAUCCUCUCGCACUGGAAGCGGCACAAGCUGUCAUUACUGAGAUAGUCAUAUCGCAGUCUCAGCGAUCAGCCUUUCCACGCACCUUUUUCCCUCCAUCCUCAGACAGCGCACCAAGCACCAUCCCCGUAAAUGCUUUGUUACCCCAUGAGCUGCCAGAAGCGGUGCUGAAGUUCGCCACCGAUAUCGUCCAGCGGCUCGCCAAGGAAAAGGCCCAAUGA